AUGAUCGAGCAUUUCGACAAGAUCGCCGACGACGAGAUCUGGCGGUGGCGGUACCUGGAAGAGAUUUGCUACCAGGAUCCGUACAACGCCUCAGAAUAUGCCUCACAGUCACACUCGCUGUCUCAAUCACAGGCAUACCCACUCUCACACUCUCACUCACAUGCAGCACCGGCGCCGGCGCCGGCACCGCUGAGCAAUGCCCGACCCCAAAGAACAUCAACGGCAUCGGCAUCGGCAGCAAGAGAACCUCACUCUCCCCCUCUCCCCAGACCAUCCAUACCUGGCGACAGCGACAGCGACCCACCUCCUCGGCCAAGCGUACUUCAAGUUGACGACACCAUCAGAACCAGAACCAGAACCAGUAUUCCCGCCGCGGUCGGGAGGCCGCCACCACCUCCCGCCGGCGCGGCGUCCACCAACUUGAACCGCGACUGGGAGCUCCUCCCGCCGAUCGACGAGGUCAUCGAAGGCUGCAAGGUGUUCACGACGUCGUAUUUCCAACUGGGCUUCAUCCCCAAAGCCAACUUCUUCGAGCGGCUCAGCCACAGCCAGGACCGCCACUCGAUCAGCGUCUUCCUCCUGCUCAGCAUCCUCAGCAUCUCGGCGCGCUUCACGCCGCGCCUGGUGCAACGCUACGGACGCGGCAGCACUGCCCCCGUCACCGACGUCUUUCUCGAACGAGCCGCCUCCAUGGUCCCCGACCAAAUGUACCGGCCGAGCCUGGACGCCAUCCAGGCGUUUUUCCUGCUGAGCCUGGCCGAAUGGGGCCGCGGCGACGGCGACCCUCAACAUCAACAUCAACAUCGCCACCGGAGCGCCAUCCACAUGGGCAUCGCGGUGCGCAUGGCCGGGAUGCUGCAUCUGCAUCGCGAAGAGACGUAUCAGUAUCACUGUCUCGAGAGUACUACUGCCGGUGUCGUUUCCAGUGCCGGUGCCACCGCCGACCAGGUUGUCAAUGCCGAAAUGGCCCGUCGCACGUUCUGGAUGCUGGAGAACCACGACAACCUGCACUCGGGCCACAACUCGCCCGUGUGCUUCCCCCUGGGCGACAUCACCACUCUGCUGCCGUGCGACGAGCAGGACUUUGCCUUUGGCGUCGUCCCGGCCGAACGCGCCGCCUUGAUGGGCACUCCGCCCGCCAUCCAGGACCCGCGCCUCACUCGGUCGCCGUCGAGAUCGCUGUUCGCCAGUCUGAUCCAGUCGCAUAAUCUCUGGGGGCAGGUGGCGCGCCGGGUGGCUGGUCAUGGUAAUGGCAGUGACAAUGGCAAUGGCAACGGCAACGGCAAUGGCAAUGAAACCUCGACAUCGAUGUCGGCUUCGACUUCGACUUCUGUUACUGCUCCCUAUUACAAUGACACCAAUACCAAUAUCACCACCACCACUACUAUUGCCAGCCCAGGUCUGCGUCUGGAUCUGGACAAGACACACCCGCACACCAGAGAACAAGAUUACCUCCGGCUUUCUACCAGUCUGCAUACCUUCGAACGGAAUCUGCCGCCCCGCCACACCUGGUCGGUGUGGAAUCUCCGCGGCUUCAAGGCCCAGGGGCUGGAUCUGGCCUAUCUGUCCGUGGUCAUGAUGAUCAAGUUGAGCAAUAUCGUUCUUCGUCGAAGCUAUCUACAAGGACUAGGGUUGGUGGCCGACCACGACCACAACCACGACCAAGGACACUCCCAAGGGCACUCCCAAAGGCACUCCCAAGGAAACUCCCAAGGACAAGAACACAACAGCAGUGCCGGUGCCGGCGCCGGUACCGCCGCAGCCAGACCAUCUGCAGAUACAACUGUAGAAGCUCAAAUCACGGCCGAAAUGUUCGAGAACAUGAUCACCCUGCACGAACAGAUCGAGGCCUUCUUCUCCCUGAGCUCGCCAGACCAAGGCUUCCCGGCCUUCAUCGUCUUUUGCAUCUAUAUCUGCGGCUCGCUCGCGAACCACCUAUUGCAACGCCCACGUCCGCUGGACAUUCCCGCUCCCGGCCCAGGUCCUGACCCUGAUCUCGACCGCGCCCGUGCCCGCACCAUCCUCGAAAAGUCCACCGCCGAACUAGACCGUCUGCAGGACGCCUGGCCCAUGGCGAGAUGCUGGAGCGACGCUCUCAAUAAAGCCCGCCAGCUCAGCAGGCACAGGGCGGCCGGCCCACGCCCUUCUACUCCACCGCCAGUGGCUGGUGAUGACAUCGAGGCGACCACAACCACGACCGGUAGAGCAUCCGGUGCUAUCCACCAGUCUUCUUCGCAUUUCGCCCAGCCUGUCGGUCUCGGUGUGUCAGAAAGACCUGGAUUUGGAUCUGGAUUUGUUGGCAGUGGCAGUAACGGCGGCCGUGACCAUAACCACCACCACCCCCAUCAUCAUCACCACCAGCGUCGGCUUUCUUCUCUAGUUGUCCAGGCCCAGCCGGAACUGGACCCUCGACCUCAACCUCGGGAAGAUCCAGAUCCUUCCGUCAACAACGUUUAUGUCUCCGCCUCCGCUUCCAUGGAUGAUCUGGCCUAUGGUCUGGCCUCGACCUCGGGACCGGAUCCGUGGGCCGACAUGUUCACGAGCGCAGGCUUGACCAACGACAACUUCGAUUCCGAGCUUGCUUUCUACCUGUGGCCGGGGCUGGAGGCGUGA